AUGGAUGUUUACCGGACUAUGCUGGAUAGAGUGCGGAUUCCCGUCACUCGCCCUGCUGGUGCCACUACAGAUCCCCCUCCUCGUGCUGCAACGGCGGUGGAGGUCAUCCAAUUGGCGGUGAUGUGGAGGGUGGCUAGGUUGGCAUUCUCAUUGCCUGACAUUGACAUCUUGGCACCCUAUCCAGCAGGUGGGUCAGGAAGGAAGAUGACACGUGAAGCGGCUGAGAGUGUCAUGCUGGACAAGGACAUGGUCAAGAUCACUAGUGGUGGAGGUGCUGGUGUUCAAGGUGAGCCUGGGCAGGGUCAGUCGCGAAAUGCGCGAAAACGUCGUGCCGAAAAGCAGCGACAGGAUGAGGAGGAGGAGAUCGGGUGUUCGGUCUGGUCUGAAGAUGAUGAGGCUGAGCUCACGGUUGUGCAUGACAAUGACUAUAGUUUGAAUUCGAGUCAAUGUGAAGAAGUUGAUGUACAGCAGCAAGCAACUGACCAGCAGUUGCCCAGGCGGUUUCGAUUUGGUGAAUUCUUUGCAGGCAUGGGUGGAUUGUCCACAGCGAUGAUGUUUGUUCUGGAAUCUUGGAUCUCUUUGGGCAGCAUUGAGAGAAUGGAUGCCUAUGAGGACAGUUGGAACAUUCUGAAUGAUGGCGACUUUGCGAAGAGCAAGGAGCUUUGUCAAACUGGUCUCGAUCAUGGCCACUUUGCCCCGCCAUGUCGUACAUUGACUGAAGCCCGCAGAACAGAUGAGCAUGGUGCCGUAGCAAUCAUGAGAUCGCCCAUGUGGCCUGAAGGUUGGGGCCACCCAGACGCCAUCGAAGCGAAUGAGAUUGUCACUCGCAUGGUGGUCCUAUGCUUGCUGUUGCACAACUCAGGCAAGACGUUUGCGAUUGAGAACCCGUUCAACUCGUUCCUAUGGUUGCUCAAGGACAUGCAGAAGCUCAUGAAGUUGAGGACUGCAGAGCUGGUGCUGUUGCACCAGUGUUGCUAUGGGGCCCAAACUAUGAAGCCCACUGGACUGCUGACAACGGCUCCUUGGAUGAAGAUGGUGAGGAGUUUAUGUCACGAAGUGAGGGCACAUCGCCAUUUGACAGAGGGGCUUGUUGGCAAGGUCUGGAGCUAUCUGGAUGAAAGGGUAGUGUGGAGGUCUUCGUUGGCUGCGGAGUACCCGUGUGGCUUAUGCAUGGCAUGGGCUGAGGCUUUGAAGAAGUGGCUGUUUUCAGAUGAGGGCAUUCACUGGAUGAGACGAAAUAGUUUGAUUUUGGUUGGCAAAUGGGGAAACCAACUUGUCAGAGCAGACUUGGUCGAGAAGCAGGCGAACGAGCACAAACCAGUUGCGAGCUUGGCAUCGGUCAGGUCUGAGGAGAACAACAAGUGCAUUGGUGGCUUGAGGAGUGCAAGGGCAUCAGUCAUGAAGUCCAGGUCGCUUCGGAAGCUGGGCAAAAGAGUGAGGAAGCUGUUUGAGUCCAAGCGAGAUGAUCGAGUUUUGGCUAUGUGGGAGGAAAAUGUUCAGAAUGGAUUGCCUGAAGAAUGGAUCAACGAGAACAGGUAUGCCCUAGCACAGGAGUUUGGUGUGCAAAUCAACGUGGGUGGCGGAUUCCAGUCUUCACUUUGGAAGGCAUUGCUGGUGGAGGCUGAAGAUUGUGAAGCUCAGUAUUUACCAGCUUGGAUGGCUGAAGGGUUUCCGCUGGGAAUCCACAAGCCGAUCACUCCAUCAGGGGCGUUUCCACUGGUGGAAGGUGAUACUUCAGCAGUGGAGGCUUCGCGGGCAGAAGGCAGAGUCAUGCAUGAUCUUGAUGGCAGUCAUUCAAACUACAUCAGUUUUGAGGAGGCUGGUAUGAAGGGCCAAGACAUCUUGGACGACAUGGUGCGCAAGGGUCGUGCAGUUUGCUACUACUCUUGGGAUGAUGUUGUCAAGACACUGGGGCCUGAAGCAAGACUCACAAAGCUUGGUUGCAUCGUGAAGCUGCGUCCGGACCACACAGAAAAAGUGAGGAUCAUAGUUGAUUCAAGACGCAGUGGAGUCAACGGGCUCACUUCAAUACAUGAACGCGUGGUUCUGCCUCGAGUUACAGACAUCACUAGCACGUGGUAUCGGUUGACCAGAUCGCAUGAAGGUUCCAAGGUGAUCGAGAUGAUGACUGCGGAUUUCAAGGAUGCCUUCAAUAUGCUGCAGUUGGCUGAUGCUGAGAAACCAAUGGUCAUCGUGAAAGGCAUGGAUGGCGAACAGGGUCAACCCAGGUACUAUGCGUUUCAAGUAGUCGUUUUUGGACUGGCACCUGGCCCAUUGCUCUGGGGGCGAGUUGCAGCAGCGGCCAUGAGAUUGGCGCAGGCGCUGAUGUUGCCUGACGAAGCUGAGGUGGCAACGUUUGUGGAUGACCCACUCAUACUGGCAGCAGGCGCUACCAAAAGAGAGCGCACGUGGUCGUUUGCAAAAUUUGUGGUUCUCUGGUUGGUGCUUGGAUUGGAACUUUCAUGGCCCAAGGCACACCGUGGCUUUGAGGUGGACUGGAUUGGGUUUAGUUUGAGCAUUUCCAACAAGCAGGGCGCUUGGGCCAUUCAGGUGCAGCUCAUGGAAGCGAAGAAGGAGAAGCUGAAGGCUGUGGUUGACGAUUUGAUCAGUCACAAAGGAGUGCUACCGUUGGCCAAGCUUCAGUUGGCAGUGGGCAUCUUGGGCUGGAUCACAUCAUCUAUGCCCAUGGCAAGACCUUUUGUGGCCAUGAUAUGGGCAGCCAUCUUGCAGCAUGACAGACCUAAGGCUUCCACAACCAGGGUGAGAAAGGGGCUGGUCUUUGUGAAGCAGGUUCGCCACGCACUUCAGUGGUUGCAAUCCUUGUUGUGUGAGUUCGAUGCUCGUCACGGGGGGCUGAAGCGCACAGUGAGAUGGCGACCAUUUGCACCAGUUGUAGUUAUUCAGACAGAUGCAUGUCCAACGGGAUUAGGAGGUUUCAUCAUGGUCCACAACAAAAUUGUUGCAUAUUGGUUUGACAAAGUCACCAAUGAGGAUCAAGAGGUUUUAGGUGUCGUUUACGGGGAUCCCUCUUUUCAAAGCGAGUUAGAACUUUUAGCUGUCCUUGUUUCGCUUCGGGUCUUCAAGCGAUGGCUCAGUACAGAUUCAGGGCCUGCUGGAAUCUUGUUGAAGACUGACAACACUGCCACGCUUCAGGCUGCAAUGGAAUUGCGUGGCAAGUCAGUGCUCAUGGCACAGCUAGCUUCAGAAGUGGCUUUAGAAAUUGAAGCCAUACAGGUCCCAUACCUAUGGGGCCAGCAUGUGGCAGGGAUCCUCAAUGACAUUGCUGACAAACUUAGUCGUAUGCAUGAACACUCAGCGGUGCCAGCUGAGCUCAGUGACGCGGAAUGUGUCACAGGGCCACUGCGCACGGUAGACUUUUACAAGUCAUGGCAGCUCACCAGAUAA